AUGAAAAUUAUCAUCGUCGGCGGAGGUCUUUCUGGACUCACAACAUGGUUGUAUCUUCGCAAGACGUUGCCAUCUCCUGAAUCCCAUAGCAUCCACGUCUAUGAGUCUCACAAUCCUCACGACGAACUGCCCACGGGCGCCGCGAACCCAUUCCCCUCAAUGCUAGGCUCAUUAACCGACUCGGCGCCCGUCAUUGGCAAUAUCAUCAGUAUUACUGCGGAUAGCGUGCGUCUGAUCAAGCAAAUCGAUCAAAAGCUUUAUGACUUGUUCAAAACGCGAGGAUACUGUAACGAGAACUAUACUUUCAAGACUGCACGAGGGCAUACGAUUGGCGUGGUGCCUGUUGUAGAUUUCCAGGAUCCACCCGAGUAUACGGUGUGUCUUCCAAGGUAUAGCUUUUGGAAGCUUCUGCACGAGGUUGUAGGCGAGAAUAAUAUUGAGUAUAAGAGAGUUAUUGGUGUGGACUUGAGCGGAGGGAAACCGAGGGUUACACUUGCGAAUGGGGAGUCCGAGGAUGCGGACCUUGUGGUUGGAGCCGAUGGUGCUCGGAGCGUGGUACGUGUCGCGCUGUUUGGAGACGAUGCGGAGGGAAAGUAUGCUACUGAGUUUGAAGGGUUCGCCGGCGUAGGCUCCUUCCUGGACGAGGACAUUCCCGAGUCCAUCACAAAAGACAAAACCAUGGUUUUCACAUUCGGCCCUACGGGUUCCUUCGGAUACUGCUCCGCCGCCCCUGUGAACCAAAGAGUCCUAUCAUGGUGGUCAAACUGGGGCAUAUCCGACUUCCCCUCCAGCAACGUCAUGAACGUCGAAGAUGUGCGACGCGAACUCCGCAAACGACACGGAACCUGGAAUGACCCUGUAAUCCAGCGUAUCAUUGAUAAAAUGUCCACGGAUCGUAUUUACCCCGUCUGGACGACGCCAGAUUUACCGUUCUGGGGCGCGAAGGGUGCGCUGCUGGUUGGUGAUGCGGCGCAUACGCUUCGUGCUAUGAGUGGACAGGGAGCAGGGCAAGCAUUAGAAGAUACAGUAACUCUAUGCCAAUUACUGCGCCAUUAUCUGGGGAGAGCAGAAAAGGGCAAGAUGUCUGUUGCGGAGGCUGUUGAUGCCACUUCGAAAGCGUUGUUUGAGAUUCGGAGUCCUAGGACGGCUGCGAUCAGGGAUCGAGCUAGGCGCAUGUAUCUUACCAAGAAACCCAUUAGGUCCGUGGCACUGGAGUAUCUUUGGUAUUUAUUCAUAUACAUGUGUGUGAGAUAUAGGUGGGUUGGGUAUUUGGUGCUGGGUUUGAUGUGGAAAGGCGAUGAUUGGAAAGCAGAAGAUGAGGUCGAGAAGUACCUGGCUGAGCGAGAGAAGGAUGGGAGAUUGGUGUGAAUGUUGGACUAGUUUCAAC